AUGGGGCCAAAACAGUGGAAGAAGAUCAAGAAGAAAUCUCCUUCAGCUGACAAGGAGAGUUGCAGGGCGCUCAAACUGUUGGCUGGAGCAAGAGAGGUCGUUGCUUCAAUGCUUCAGUCAUCCACGCCUUCCCUACUGAAGCAAAUUGUCAUGCCGAGUUAUAACAAGUGGUAUCUUGUCUCCAAGAAGUUCCCCAAGAAAAGACUUCCAUGCAACAAGGAGCAAUUACUGAAACUGGAGUUUCGAGGGCAGUGCUUAGACUUUGUUGAGCAGAUUGAUCCCGAGCAGAGUUUCUUUUCUGAAUGA